AUGGCUUCUCAGUUUGAUCUGGAGAACAUCCAGGGCGAUAUCUGGCCCGGCCUGCCCAAACGGAAAGAGAUGUUUCUGUUCUUCCGCAUUGCAGAUGGCGCAAGUCAACGCAGGAAGUUCAAAGAGUAUCUGCGAAGUCUUGUUUCUCAUAUCACGACUGCCAAAGAUGUUUUGGAUGCUAAAGCCCACAUCCGUGAAGAAAAGGAGAAGGCUGCUGCCCAUGAGGAAGACCCGAAGCUGUUACCGUGGUCUGGUAUCAAUAUUGCCUUUUCAUCAACAGGCCUAGCCGCUCUGGGAAAGCAUGUGAUGAAUACGAAGGCGAACAUGAAAGAGAUCAAAAGUGACCCCGCGAAGUGGCGCGAGCUGAAGAGGAACCAAAUUCGCGGAGAUUUGUUCGACAAAGGCAUGUAUGAUGACAUGGUCUACGAGGGGUGGGAUGAUCCGCAGGAGCUACGUCCAGAAUACAAGCGAGACCCGGUGACAAAACAGCGGCAGAUAGACGGAGUAGUCUAUGUCGCUACGAGCACAGAGAAGCAGCUGGAGAAGGCCGUGGGACGAGUGAAGGAGAAAUUGCAUAUGCGUGACACAGACGAUGACAUCGACGAGGACGUUGCCUGCAAAUUGGUGUUGGUCAGAAAGGGCAAGGUCAGACCAGGCUUAUUGAAAGGCAGAGAGCACUUUGGCUUCCAAGACGGAAUUUCACAGCCCCAACUUGAAGGACUGGACCCAACCCCGAAGGGGGAUAAAGAGCCCAAAGCCGUACCUCCGGGGCUGAUCAUUGUCGGACACGAUGGCGACCCCUUGAACCAGCCCGCUUGGGCCAAAGAUGGCAGCUUCCUCGUUUUCCGCGACUUGCAGCAACAUGUCCCUGAAUUCAAUCAAUUUUUGGACAACAAUGCUCAUGCAUCUCAGGACACUGAGCAGGGUCCCGCCUCGGCUGAAAAGCUCGGGGCACUGCUAAUGGGGAGAUGGAGGAAUGGCACCCCGGUUGAUCUCAAUCCAUAUCAUGAUAAUGAUCCUUCUCUUUACCGAUCCAAUAACUUCAAUUACACGCCAGUCGAAUCGCAUGGUCGGUGCCCCUUCGCUGCCCAUAUUCGCAAGAUGCGCCCCAGAGGCGAUCUCGACGACGACGAGGCAGUUAUCAUCCGCCGCGGGAUAGCCUAUGGACCUGAGGUCUCCGAAAAAGAAAAGAAAAAUCAGAAGACGAUGAAGGAGCGUGGAAUGCUAUUUGUCUGUUAUCAAAGUGAUAUUAGAAACGGAUUCAACUUCAUUACUACGCGUUGGGCAAACAACCAUCACUUCCCAGGUAACAAGUACGAUGCUGUCGGCAUGAAUGGGCCGGGCAUCGAUGCGAUUGCCGGCCAACGUCUCGCCCACCACCCUCCUCGAAACAUGGGUUUGCCUGAUGGCAAAAGGCCCAGUGAGGCACGUCUGAGCCUCGGCUCGUGGGUUACCCAUAGAGGAGGAGAAUACUUCUUUGCUCCAUCCCUCAAAGCCCUUCGAGAAGAUCUGUCAUCGGCUCCUGUGCAAGCCAAGCUUUAA